AAGUGGAUGUGCGAUCAUACGCAGUACGCACUGAAGACGGAAGAGUUUUUCGGAGAAACUGAAGGCACCUAAAGAAGUACCAUCCACCUCCAGCUACACACACUCUGGAAGUGGAGGUCGGGCCUUCAAAGGUCACGGUUGCGUCAACACCACCAGCAGAAGAAGCGGUAAAGGACUCUGAACAGCCGCCCGUACAAUCACCUCAACAAGUAUCAACAGACGUCUCUGGUCCACCUUCGAGGCCCACGGUGCCAGUACCAGCCCCUGUGAAAGAACCACCUGCAGGAGUAGCUGCAGUGACUAGGAGCAGACGUCAGAUUAAGUUACCUGCUCGUUUCAAGGACUUUAGCAUGACCUAGUUUUUACUCAGAGACAUUGAACUUUUCGUUAUAAUCUAUUGCAACUCAAGAACUUUGAACUUUUGCCCAUUUCACUGCCAUUUAGUGGGCUCAUAGGUUUCCUAAUGCGUUGUUGUGUUUAUUACUUAGGAGGACAUUUUUAAGACCAUUACUCGUAUCUUUAUUGCGGUAUAAGUUCUAUCUUUUUCUUUCUUUUCUUUACAAAAGGAAGGGUGUAACGUCACGUGAUAGUUGUUUUCCAAUAGGAUGCCAGAUUUUACAUGUGCUCGGGAUCUUGUACAGUAGUUUUCAGUGAACCGACUUAUGGAUUAAAAUAUCGUUUGUUUACGUUUACAAGAACUGUUUUGUUGCUGUACAAAGCUACAACGUUACAGAAAGUACAGAGUGAAAGGCCAUGUUAAAAAAAAAUCUUUCAUUUUUAGUCACGUUUUCUGCGCUUAGUAGUGUUUAAUUAGUUAGUUAUAGUAGCAAUUUUAUACUUUUUACCUUUUUAUUGUUAUAUUUUAUAUACUUUUUUUAUUGUAAUGUCUUUAUUGUAAUGUCCUUUUAUUGUAAUGUCUUUCGUAAUUCAGCCUAUGGCUGCAAGGUAUUAAGACAAUAAAGCAUCUAUCUAUCUAUCUCUAUCUAUCUGUUAGCGUCUGCAAAGAACAAUAACACCGUUUUUCUUUUCAAUAAAUGGCUAUUUAGUUGUUGGUUUUCAGUGACAGCAUGUGUGUCACUUAGCAGCAGUUUGAGACAAUGAAAAAACACAUUUUGUUUAGGCAUUUAUUAUAACCUUUUGCUUCAUUGUUGUUAUAUUUUUCUAUUUUUUAUUUUGCUUGGAUUUUAUCAGAAAGAGCUAGCAGUUGGCAGAAAUUGGCAUGUCCUUCAAGGACUGGACAAACUGGUGGAUGGUUUCAUAGGUAUGUUUUCUUGGUUUUAUGCUUUUUUCAUUCCCUAUCAAGCCACAACUUAAGGUAUCACACAGUAUACAGUGAAAACUGCUGCAGUGUUGAUUUUGGAUGAUGUCUGGGUCAAGGAUAACACUAAACGCUCUUAAAAAAAUAAUCGUUAAGCCUCGCUUGCUUGGAGAUUAGAUAUAAGAAACGAGGAGGCGAUUAAUUCUACACGAAACAGGAUUUCCUCGCUAAAAGUUUUUCACUUCCUACUUUAUCGACGGUCGAGUAUUCUUCAGGAUAUUUACUUUUUAUAUCGUAUUCGACGAUGAUUGACUACGCCUGUAUACUGGUGUGCCGAUCAUCGAUUAUAAUCGAUCCUUGAUCGAAAAUCUUUAAGCGACGCGACAAUCGAUUAUGGAUGAUGACAAUCGAUGAUCGGAGACAAAUGAAAAAAAAUUAUUGAUGACGAAUAAAAACGUUAAAAAAAUUGUGUGUUGUAUGCACAUUUUAAUCGACUUGCAACGGCAGCUUCCACUGAAUAUCUCUUUCUCCUACGUUUCAUACAUUUUUAAUGUUUUCCAAAACUCGGCGAAGCACGCUCGUGCCAGGCUAGGUUUUGCAUUUUGUUCACAUUUGAUAGUGCUUAUUUCAUACGGAAAAAAAUUACCUUGAUGGUUGUCUUAGAAAUUAUUCUAAAUUAGUCGCUGGUCAUAAAAUACAUUUUUAGAUUUACUUUCUUCAAGAGUAGAUGAAAGCAAACAGACUUAAACAGCUUGCGAAGAUCGAAGAGAAACUCAAGUUGGUUCCCAGGGUUCUCUCCUCGUUGUCCCAUUUAAUGUUGUCCUGAACAAACAUGGCGGCUGAGUUUUUUUAUCAAAAGAUUUUUAUUAAUAUAUUUUCCGAUUAUAAUCGCAUGAUCGAUCUUUUGGGUCAAUCUGAUUAUUUCCGAUGAUCGAUGAUAAAAUCUCAGCCGAUUCCCAUCAUUACGCGUGUAUAAACACGUGAAAAUUAACUCGAGACCAAAAACGUGAUGAACGUGGCGCGGCAUUUCAAUCAUCGCCGAAAAUAAGCCGCAUGCUCAUCACAAGGCUCAUUUUCGUGCAAUGAAAUUUAGUUAUAGCAUCACCAUCGAAGUUUUCACUGAAGUAUUCACUUGUUCAAAGUAAUCAACGCUUUCAAGCUAUAGAAGUCGUGGAAAAGUCCGGAAAAGCUCGACAUCUUUUGCAUCAAUCUUUCCUAAGCUUUCUUCGCAAAAUAAAAACAUGGUACUGUGACACGUUGCGAUUCUUAUCCCUAGUUUCCACGGUCUCCGCUAGGAAGGCCUAGAACCAUGACCCCUUUUGGCGCGCACGUAAAAAAGCAAAAAACAAGAACGCUCUUAAUAGCGUUUAGUCUAGCGUGCUUGGAGUUUAGAUGAGAAAUGAUGAGGCGAUUUAAGUUAAUAAUCCUACGGCCGUCACUGACCUCUACAUGAAACAGAAUUUCCUCGCGAAAGUUUUUCACUCCCUACUUUAACAACGGUCGAGUAUUCUUCAGGAUAUUUACUUUAUAUAUCGUAUUCGACAAUUUGUAAGUACGCGUGUGUAAAUACUCGAAAAUCAAGGGCCUCGAUUCAAGAGAAAUUACAUCAAAAACGUAAUAAAUAGGGCGCGUCGUUUUAACCAUCGCCGAAAAUGAACCUCGUGCUCAUCACAAGCCUCAUUUGCAUACAAUAAAAGUUUACAACACCCGACCAGUUCACCAUCGACGUUUUGCUCAUUAAGAUUCUUUUUUUCGACCACUGAAGUAAUCACUUGUUCCAAAGUAAUUAACGCUUUCAAGCCAUUGAAAUUGUGAACCGACUUGUUCCGGAAAGCGCGACAUCUUUUGCAUUAAUAUUUCCUACGCUCUGUAUGCAUGGCUUUCGUCAUGCCGCCAUUCCUAUCCCCAGGUUCCACGGACUCCGCUAGGAACUACUGGGACAAUGACCACUCUUGGCGCGCACAUACGAUAAAAAGCGCUUUCACUUUAAGAGUCUCGCUGGUAAAACAAGCGAGACCAAUGAAGUCUUCACCCCCAGGGAAUUUACUAUCCAAAGAAAACAAUGUUUAUUCGACCCUGUCGUGAAUGCCGUAAGGCCGUUCUUCACGAUAUCACAGUUUUAAACAAAACAGGGUUUAUUUCACAGCUUCAAUCCUCACAGUACAAUGGCUCGCUCACACACUACACAAAAUCGUGACUUUCUUGAAUCUAUAAGCUUUAGUUUUUAAUGCGAUCUGUCAGCAACUUCUCCGUUGCUCUGACAGACGAGUGAAACCGUUAAUAACAAAAUUUAAAAGGAAUAAAAUCACGCCGUCUCACAAUCACGCCACACUCUUGCUUCAUAACAACCCCUCCCCCCUUCCACUGAGGGAGUGAUGGGUGGGCGUAGCAGGAUGUCAUCAAUAUAUUGCGCCAAGGUCGUGAGCAUACUCUAUUAACAAUUAUCUUUUUCCUUUUAUCCAAACUCUAUUCGAAUGCUGCAUCCUUUCUCCACAUUCAUUUGCGUAGGGUGACGUGCAUGAGAAUAAGGUGUCAGUUCCACUGUGUUUUCACUGCGUGCAUGUAUUUGAGAUUUCAGUAUUAACAGUGUUAACUUUUUCUUUCUUGCAGCCGAUCAGUUAUAAUUACUGUCGAUUAGAAUGGCAGCUGCAGGACCAUCGCCUCUGGCCAGCUGUGAAGAAAAGACAAAUGGAUCCAAGCUGAGCAGGCUUCUUAUCGAUGGUGGAACAACAGUUCUAAGAAAUGUUUUCAAUUAUCAUCAUCCUCCAGCCAACUUGGCUGCUGAUCUCAAUGCCAAUUAUUCCGCUCUCAACAACCUCUUGCGGCGAAGGGUUCUAAAUGGUCAUCAGUGGGACAAACUCUUCCCGCCUGGAGGAGCCAUACCAGACUCCAACACGUUUGACAUCACUCUUUUAUUCCUUCUUCUGACCAACAUUUGUGGAUUGGCCCCUCCCCUUACAGGAUGGCACACUAAACCAGCCCCUAGUGACAACUCUCACGAGGCGAAUCUUGCUCGUGUCAAGUAUUUCCGUAACGUUUUGUAUGGUCAUGUGACCAGUACUGGUGUUGAUACUUAUUCCUUCUCUGUUCUGUGGCAAGAAAUCAGUGCCUUUCUUUUAGCUCUUGGGUUACAGCAAUCAGAAAUUGACAGACUGAAGGCAGAGCGAGGCGGAGAGGAGGAUUAUCUUGACGCGUUACGUGACUGGGCUGACAGUGAAGAGGACAUCAAAACACAGUUAAAGGACGUGUGUCAAGCUCAGAAAGAAAUGGAACAGACUCUUCUGAAGACUUAUGAAACGUUCCAGGAAAGCAAAACCAAGCUAGAGGAUGUACAUCAAGUUGUUACGGAAAUACGUCAAGCCCAACUCAACACAGACCAAGAGGAAGAUGUCCUUAAGCAACUUGCUAAGGUGGACACUGAAAACAUUAUUGAAUACCACUCAGAAAGAUAUUUAGGGGGGACCCGAGCGUCGAUUUUUGUCAAAGUGAAAAAUUGGUUAGAUGACAACAACUCUUUUCAUCGAGUGAUGGUGAUUGCUGGAAAUGUAGGAAUGGGGAAGUCUGUUAUUGCAGCUGAAAUUUCCAAACGUAUGCAACAAGAUAGAAGGCUGUUAGGAAGCCAUUUUUGUCAACAUAACAGGAUGCGUCACAGGAAUCCCAAGGUGAUGCUCCAGUCCUUAGCUUGUCAUGUAUCGUAUUCUCUUCCAGAAUACAAAGAAGCCCUUGUGGGGCAGCUUUCGAGAAAUCUGGGUCUGGAUAUCAAUGAUAUGGAAACGGAAGAUUUGUUUGAGUUGCUGUUUGAAGAGCCACUAAACAGAUUAAGUGACCCCGGUUUUACCUCUCUUGUUGUAAUUGAUGCCUUAGAUGAAAGUGAAUACCAAGGAAGGAAUGAGCUGUUAGAAGUAAUUGCUAAGUACUUUAACAAGCUCCCGAUAUGGAUCCGAUUCCUUGUGACAACACGGCCAGAAAUAAACAUUUGGGACAGUCUGAAAGGUCUUCGACCCCUACUGCUGGAGCCAAACAAUGAAGAGAACGUGAAGGACAUUCGCCAUCUCUUUGAAAGACAUUUAAGCCAUAUGUUGCAAGUCAAUAAUCAUGAGUCGAUCUUGACCGAACUUGUUGAAAAAUCGGAAGGAGUGAUUUUAUGGGCUCAACUUCUGGUAGAUUUCAUAAAGGACAAUUUCUCAGUUCUCAAGUGGGAACACCUUGAUGGCACCAUACCGUCGGGUAUUUCGUCGGUUUACCAGUCUUAUUUCAAACGUCUAGAGACUGAACUAUGCAAAGAACUCAAGAUGUCUGAAGACAUGUUUUUAAGCCUACUGAGUGUCAUUGUAGCUUCACGAGAACCACUGCCACUCGGCUUUGUUUCUAAAUUUUUGUUCCCUGGCAAAGUGUCCUCAGUUGUUCAGCGAAAGAUAAGCAAGGCCAUUGCUUGCAUAUCGUCGCUUCUGCCUGUUCAAGAAGGGUGUAUUCACUUCUUUCACAAGUCAGUCAGAGACUGGUUAGUUGAUCAGUCGUGCUAUGGUAAGCACAGUUUCAGCGUCUUGGAAAACGAAGGCCACCUCAUUCUUGCUCGUCUUUGCGGUAAUGAAUUUGAUGAGGUGAAAAGAAAAGGUGUUGAUUGGUCACAACAGUUCGAUAACGUCACAAAGUAUUCUCUGCGACAUGGCGUUCAACACAUGCUUCAGUUGGAUGAAGACAUCAGACCAAGCGGCCUUGAAGAGAUCGUAAAUAAGUAUGUCCUAGAUGUGGAGCUUGUUUACGCAAAGCUGCGCGUGGAUAGUGCAAUACCCGCUGAAGAUAUCGCUUGCAUAACUAAGUUUUCUGUGAAAAGGCAGGCCGCCUCUAAGACUUUGUUGUUUCUUUUAAGGAAGCAUAUUGGUACAUUGAAGCAACUGCCUCAUGUUAUAUUUCAAACGUUGUUGAAUGAAGGAGGACCGGAGCUGUGUUAUGAAGCAUCAAACCUCUUGAAGAGUAAGUAUUCUCACAUAUCCCACAUGGAAUACUUAGACAAGAACAAUCUGGAAGGAAUCGUUCAAACUAAAUUUCAUUGCUCUUCCGAAGUGGCUUGUUUUGACGUUUCACCUUCGUCAGACUACAUGGUUUGUGAAUGUCGGGAUGGAACGAUUCAGCUGUGGUCUCUUCAGACUGGAAAGCUCGUUUGGAAACGUCCUGUCAUCAAAGUGAAGAGUUACUCCCGUUUCUUUCAGGCCUUCAGGACUGCUGCCCCAGCCUCUUUCUCGCCACAUUUCCUUUCAUUGCCGCUUUCUGAAGUAUCCACAUUUGCAUUGUCUUGUUUUCGUUCUGUUGUGUUUCAUCCUACUAGGAGGCUUGUUUUGCCAGGAGUUCUGAGUGAAACCUAUAGUUUUGACGGAGACCUAAACAGACUUUUUCCGGAAAGCAACUGUAUCUUCUCUGUUUGUUCAAUAUCUGGUGAUACGAUUCUCACGGACUGUCCCGAUAAUGCGAAAUGCCUUAUCCUUUGGAGUCUUUCGAAUGGUACAGAGCUAACUCGUACCACCAGAGAUCACAACGUCUUGACUUUUGCUCGGUCUCAGGAUGGAAGGGUUGCAGCGAUUUCUCAUUCAGAUGGUUCAGUUUGUUUGGUUGACUUGAUGAGUAAUUUCCGACUAGUCGCGGAAACGGUCUUGCAGAGCAUAUGUGGGAUGAUAAAGUUCUCCCCUGACCACCGAUUCCUUUACUGUUGGCAUUGUCCAUUGCGUUACGGUUAUCAACACCCUGACUUUUUUAAGUUAACUGUCAGUACAUCGAAUGGUGGAAAUGUUUUUCUUGACGUAGCUUCUGAGAAUGUUUCAUAUGUUCCGUGGGAAUGGGAAUCAACCAGUAGGUCUGGUUUCAUGCUUGGAGAUCCACUCUGUUGUAGAAGGCAAACCUCGCCUCCUUCCUUGGGGACAUUCGUGUUUGUGCUGAACAAACAAUCUAUUUUAAGAAGUAACCCAAGAAGUGGUUCUAUAGAAAUGUUGUUUCCCUAUGAACAAACAAAAUGCAGCGAUGGUGAUAAGGUCCUUAAUUCCCUUAAACUUUCCCUAACUGGAGAUACCGUGUAUAGUAAGGACGAAUGGGGUGGAUCUGUUUUGUUUGCCUGGGAUGUUUCAAGUGGAGCCCGUAAAGCUGCUUUACUCAUUAAACCUGACAAGGAAGGGAUUGCAAAGCCUAUGAGGCAAUUUACCGACACCAGUUUGGCAGCAGUGCAGACCAUGACCGGGACGAGAGUGGGAAGAUCAAAACCCUAUGAGCAGGACGAGAGCGGGAAGCCUAGAGCUGCAAAAGUCACUGAACAGCACAAUAAUUGCAGCGGCUUAGACUAUGACUGGCACAAAAGCAGAAGCCCAAAGCUGCGAAAGUCAUUUCGCAAGACAAUGUUGGCCGCGACUCAGACAAUAUUCCGGACAAGAAUGGGGAGAAAAAAGCACUAUGACCAUUACCAAAGAGAGGAGCUCAGAGCAGAGAAAGUUAGUGAACAAGACAAUGACAUUAGCAGCUCAGACGGUCAACAGCACAAGAAACGGGGCUUAAGGCCGAGAAAGCCAUUGAUACCACCUCAGACCGAAGUUGAGCAGGAUAAGAGCGGGGAGCCUAGAGCUGCGAAAGUCAUUGAACAAGACAAUGAUUGCAGCGGCUCCGACUAUAACUGGCACAAAAGCAGAAGCCCAAAGCUGACAAUAUUCCGGACAGGAAUGGAGAGAAAAAAGCACCGUAAACAUUACCAAAGAGAGGAGCUCAGAGCAGACAAAGUUACUGAACAAGACAAUGGUGUUAGCACCUCAGACGAUCAACAGCACAAGAAAGGGGGCUUAAGGCCGAGAAAGCCAUUGAAACCACCUCAGACAGAAGUUGAGCAGGACGAGAGCGGGGAGCCCAGAGCUGCAAAAGUCACUGAACAAGACAAUGAUUGCAGCGGCUCAGACUAUGACUGGCACAAAAGCAGAAGCCCAAAGCUGACUCGAACAAUACUCCGGACAAGAAUGGGGAGAAAAACGCACUAUGAGCAUUACCAAAGAGAGGAGCUCAGAGCAGACAAAGUUACUGAACAAGGCAAUGGUGUUAGCACCUCAGACGAUCAACAGCACAAGAAAGGGGGCUUAAGGCCGAGAAAGCCAUUGAAACCACCUCAGACAGAAGUUGAGCAGGACGAGAGCGGGGAGCCUAGAGCUGCAAAAAUCACUGAACAAGACAAUAAUUGCAGCGGCUCAGACUAUGACUGGCACAAAAGCAGAAGCCCAAAGCUGCGAAAGUCAUUUCGCAAGACAAUGUUGGCUGCGUCUCAGACAAUAUUCCGGACAAGAAUGGGGAGAAAAACGCACCAUUUGUAUGAACAAAGUGAGGAGCUCAGAGCAGAGAAAGUCAGUGAACAAGGCAGUGAUGGAAGCAGCUCAAACAGUGACCAGCACAAGAAAGGGGGCUUAAGGCCGAUAACCAAAUUGAUACCACCCCAGGCCAGAGUUGAGAUUUUCCGGUAUUUGCCGGUAAAUAAAGGUGUUUUACUUGUACUAUGUUUAAAAGAACGAUGUACUCUAGAGCUGUGGAAUUUUCAGUUGUCAAAGUGCAUUGAACGUUGGAGUUGCCUCGGGCAAUUCCAAACAGUAUUUCCCGUUUCAGAGGAACUUGUGUGUUUAAUUUCGCCGUCAUUACACGAGGUGAAAAUAUUUGAUACUUCAAGUGGUUACGAACAGUCGGCAAUGUGUUUACCUGGAACGUUUACUGCAUGCAACAGUAAAUAUCAGUUUUUGGCCACCUUGGAUAGCCACCCUCAGACAAUUGUCUUGUUACAAGGCAAAACAGUUAUUUGGAAAAAAUACUGGCCUCGUUCUGGAUACCGUAACUUCAAUUGUGAAAGAUUUUCGUUUUCUCCCGACGACCAGUUUUUCGUAAUUUCUGGGGUGGAGCAAGGGCAUGGUGUUUAUUUACUGGAUGCUUAUUCAGGAAGUACACUUCAGAUGUUAUGGAAAGGGGAAGUUGACCGAAGUGUUUUUGUCAGUAACGACGAAUGUGUUGUUCAAACCUCAGAGCCACCAAGUGUUACAUGUCUCCGACUGUUCAACGUUAGAUCUGGGCAGCAAUUAAGUGUGUUGAAUAUUGAGAGUCAGUUGACCGCUUUGACAAUUUCUCCUUGGAAUGGUCUUAUUGCCAUUUGUGAAAAGAACACUAACCACAAUUUCAGAGUUAUCCUGUUAAGGCUAUCUGGUGAUAACGAAGAAAAAAGGAUGAUCAAAGGUCAGCUGUCGAUUUGAAUGACGUUUUUGAACUUGUUAUCAUUGCGUUUUUGUUUUAAUUAGUUUAACUUUGGAACCUUUUAACGUCGUACGCCAAGAACAAUACACCAAAAAGGAUUUGUUUCUUUAUUUUUCAUCGCAAAGGCUGCUAUCGCAUCCGUUGUAUGCACAAUUACGCCAAAGAUGGAAACGUUCACACAGUACAUGUAAGACCGUGACCUUGAGCAACUAAGAACUAAUGACAAGUUACGGAGCACUUAGAGAGCAGCAAAAGUUACGUCGUGCAUAAAUUCUGAACCAAGUUUUUCGAGUUAAGUUGAUUGUUGUUGUCUCCAGAUUACAAUAUAAAUUUUGGUCUCAAAGGAGUUUCAAGUUGUUUAGGCAUUCUUGGCAGAACUUAUGGGCGAGGCUAUAAGAACUGAUUUCCGAUUUGUGUGCCCUCUUGACUUUCUUGUCAAUUACCGACAACACAGUGAGAGUAUAAUCGUGUUACAACAGACUGAGGUGCCGUUUUUCGGCAAGUGCAAUGCGAAUAACUUAGUUUUUCUUAUAAACUUUUGGUUACAAUUUCCACUCAAUUAUAAAAACAGACAAAAGCAUAAACCUUGUUGGAUCAAGGGGAAACGUAUGAAAAGUAUUUUCAAACAUAGCAGAGACACACACAGAAAAGUUUUUAAAAGAAGAGAGGUAAGGUCUGGGCCUCUAUAAACAUGCAGAGAGAAGCACAGAACAAAACUGACAUGUUUUUCUAGCCCGGAUUUUUUUGCGCUUUUGAAUUAAACGGAUCGAAAACCAUGUACUGUUUUUGUUUUUUUCCCUAGGCAAGUUCCGAGUUCGACAAGCUCAAGUCAAGUGACCAUUUUCGUACCUCUUUUGGAAUCUCAGUACAAAGGGUAUGGCCAAAGAAACUUUGAAUACUAUGCACUUUCACUUAUAAAAAUAAUUUUCUCGCAGUUUAGAUCAUGGUGUUCUUCGACAAUCCGUUUUAGGACCCCUCCUUUAUUUUUUGUACGCAUCAACCAUUGCCUAGAUUAUCCAGUACCAUGGUGUCUAAUACCUUCUGUAUACCGAUUACUCCCAGCUUUAUAUUUAGGGCUGAUUGGAAUCCAGAGCUCAAUGUGGCUCAAUGAAAAGUUGAGCUGAGCGUCAAGGACAUUAACGCGUGGAUGGUUCACAAUGGCCUAAAACUAAAUCAGAUUUCCUUGUUUUCAGCAUCAAGUUCAUGCUAGGCCACGAGGACUAUGUGGACGUUUUAGAGGAGCAAAUACAGCCGGCUUCAUCUGCAAAGAACCUGGGUGUCAUCUUUGACGCAUGCCUCUUUCUCUAAAUGAACAUAUUAGUUAUGCAAAUCUUCCCAGUUCAUUUAAGAAGUACAUUAACACGGAAUCCACCAGGAAAUUGAGUCAUUUUAAUUUUCAGUGGACAAAAACCUUGUACCAGAAUAAUUUAAACAAUAUCGCAUUUUUUUACAUUUUUUAAAGAGCUAUAAAUGUAAUUAGUUAUCUGUAAUAACACCAAAGAAAAUUUCUUAUGAGAGCCCGAGAAAAUAAAUGUCAAAUUUAACAAAAUGACAUCUUACUCAUGAAAUUUUCAGAAUUUUACCUGGUUUUUCACAAUUCUUGUGAAAUUUGACAUUUAGUUUCUCGGGCUCACAUGAGAAAUAGUCUUUGGUGUUAUUACAGGUAACUAAUUAUAUCUACAGCACUUUAGAAAAUAGUAGUAACGAAAAUGUUCAUUAAAAAAUGAAUUAUGAACAAAAGUGCCGUGUCGCUGGAAAAGAACUCUAGCUUAAACCCGGCACUUUUCUUCAUAAUUUAUUUUUCAAUUAACAUUUUUGUUGAGCUAUAAUUAGCAAUUAUCGAAUCGAGGAAGGUGUUGCGGCCUGGGCAGAUAACACGCUCUGAGAUCUCCAUAAUUCUUCAGAUGAUACGAAAGCCGAUUUCAAUCAUUGUUUUAUUAUUCAUCCAAAAUAAUUCAUAGUUUAAAAACAAGCUAAAACAUGCUUACCUCCGUCGAUGUUAAGUUCAUCUUCGAUAGUGCAUGUUUAUGGGCAAGUUUAGGGGUUGUUCGCUGCAAAUAUUCUCAGAAUAGCAGAUAGUGUUUUCUUUUUUUUUUUGUCUUCUUGCUGUUCUUGCCAUGUUUUUCGCCAGGAGUUCGCCUAUUUUUUCCUCGUGAAAGAGUGAAAUGUUCCGCUAUUUUGUAUUUUUAAAACUACCCAAACAACUCAACCUCGUCCUAAGGUCUUCAAUAAUCUAGCAAUUUUGCUGUACGAUUGACGUCAUCAGUUCACAUAUCGCAAAAUUCUUCCACAUUUGGUCGACAGUGGCUGGUUAUGAAAUUAUGCGUGGGAUUUUAGCCAAUCAGGAGCCUGUUUCUCGAAAGUCCCAGUAACUUUUCGGACCCGGAAAACUGUUUUGUAUUUGUUGUGUUUUCAUUCAAGACCAAAGUUUCAAAAUUUUGAAAAUAAUACAAUGAAACUAUCGGCUAACGAAAUAAAACUGAAUGGUUUGUGGGCUAGGAACUGUGCCACUACUCAACAGGUUUUGAUUUUAAAAAUUUGCCUUCGGGCCCAAAAGGUUUCCGGGUCUUUCGAGAACGGAGAAAUAUUUUGAAUGAAUAAUAAAAGCUACUCCCGCUCAUUUAGAGCACCUUUAAUACCAAGACAUUCGGUGAUGCUGCUUUCCCUUUAGCCGGCCCGAAUUUAAAAUAGUUUUGAAAAUUUUGUAAUUUAGUAGUCUUAUAACUAUUGGUAUUUAACUAGUUUUUUAAAGCGCUAAGGACAAGUUGUGGUUUGGCGGUAUAUGAGUAGUUUAUUAUUCCCGCUCAUUUAGAGUUACUAGAUUACCCGUUUGUAGUGCAAUCGAACCAGUUUUUGAAAGAAAGAAUUGAAGCGUUUUUAAGAAAACGUUUAAAGUGAUGCGGACGCCAGUGGUAUUCGUGAACCGACCGUAAGCGACACUCUUUGUAGAUGUCGGGAAUCUUAGGGCGCGUUCGAUUGACUUUAUUUCAGAAUAAGUAGCAUUUACUCGUCUAGGAAGCGCUUGUUUAGGCAUAUACUGAACAGUUAGAACUAGACUUCCUGCUGAUAUUCAGAUGUAUAUGGAAUUCUAGUGACUCCAAGCGCUGAUGGAAGAGUUUGAUUUCUGAUCCCUUUAAUUACCACCCUGGAUGCCAGGUGUUUUUUUUUUUUCAGCUGAAAAUGUCAAACGCCAAGCUUAGAUGUAAACAACACAAAAAACGUCUGCUUUAGAAGUGUUAAAUAUAAUUUUUAUGGCUAGAUUUUGGUUAGAUUUAAGAAGAAACCAUUUUAAGCUCAUUUUUAGCCGUCUUUUUUAAAUCUGUGGAAUUGGAAUAAUUUCGUUUAGUUUAUAUUUUGUAUGGGUAAUCAAAUGGUGACGAGUGAAAUUAGGGAAUAAUUUCACGAGUAUACCAUUAUAUUAUGGGUGAAAAAUAGUGCAACAGUCAAUUCCAGCUGCGCCCAGCCCCCCCCCGGGGGAGGGCAUUUGGCAUUUGCCCGGGGGUGGGGUAUUAGCAAAUUUUGCGCUGCUGGGCGCAGCUGGAAUUGACCGAUACAUUACGUUCAUAAUCGUAGAUUUUUGACAUGUUUAUCCUUGUUUUAUUUAUCGAUCGAGAACUCCACCCUCGAAAAAGUUUGGAGCUUGAGUUUGGCUUAAGUUCAGAAGUUUUCGACAAAAUACCUGUUAGAAUCUCUCUUGAUGUGCUCUUUCGGGUGUUUAGGUUUCCUAAAGCGUCUUUUAAUUCCCCAACAUCUUCAUUCAUAAAGUGUUAAAAUUGCGUUGCCAUCUUGCUACUGAGACGUACGCAAGGUUGCAAUGACAAUUUUGUAAAAUUAAGGAGUAAUUCGUCACCCAUGAUAUUUUUUAUUUUAUCUCUCAAUAUUAUCACUCUCGCUUCUGAGUUGUUUUAUAUUAUCAUUUGAAUAAAGACAAUGUUGUUGGUUAGUUGCUAGUAUGACGAGGCUGCAAUUUCCAGGUUUUUAUAUCUGACUUUGCCAAGUACUAAAAAAACAGAUGUGUUCCACGGAUUAGACUAAGAUGCCGGAAAACUACCCACCUACCCCUCUCCUCCAACCCAACGUUAGCACUAACUUCUUAUUACUGGCAAAUCUGGGGUUAGGGGAGGAGAAGGAGAACAGUUAGCUAGGACCUUAUACUGAUUCCUCCUCUAGCUUUCAACUUUGGCACUUAAAAAACUAAAACUUUGACUGGGAAUGGACUUAGUGGUCGAUCAAGGCAAAAUCAGUCGAGCAGAGUGGAGCCUGGAUAUAGCGAACCUUCAUCUAACGGGGCUCUUGGUAUAACGAACGAUGUUUUUUGCCCCAGUCGUAACAUUUAUAGCACUUAACGAGGCCACGUUCUAGCAAACUUAUUUUGCAACUUCCUUAGCCCUUCGUUUUCGAUAUUACACUGCAGUAGAGAAGUUGGAAUAGUGCCGGCACGAUGUCCUCCUUUCUUAGCUGUUAGCUUUUUCUUUUGUUCAGCUCUAAGAGGGUCUAAGACUGAUUCCCUUCUUGACAAAGUCAGCCUCUAGAUGGUACGGUCAUUCCAAUAUUGUUACACUCAAAUAUCGGGCUUCUUCGAAACGGUGAUAGAGGUACGGGGUGUCUGGUUAGUGCCAGGGGCAGGUUGAAAGAAUAAGGUAUCCGUUCGCCAUAGAGCACAUUGAAUCCGGGUCAUUCCUGUCUGAUUAAGUGUUAUUUUUAGGUUUUCUUUUCGGCUGAAGAAGCGGCUAAAAUCACUGCAAGAAUUCCCACCAUGACACGAAUACUUACACCUUACUUUUCCACCAGUAGCCUCGACUGACGUAAGGUCACUUUAUAUCCAGGAUUGCAGUCGGUGUUAAAAGCAAUGGUACUUUAUCAUUUUACUCCUUAAGUUGGUAUAGAUAAACAUAAUAUUAUUAAAAAGUGUCUUCCCUCAUACUUCCCGCGUACUAAUUUAGUGUUUUCAUGGCGUAACACUCUUACAAUAGAAACAAGCGUCCAAGUUACGUGAGAGGGUAAAAUGACAUGACUUUCUCUUGUUUGCAAGUAAAAUUAGAGACUUGUAGACCACGGACGCAUCAAGAUUGUCCAGUUUUUAACGUAAUUCUAACUAAAAUAACUUCAUAUCUACAACAACUUUUAUAUCUUUAUCCGCAGUUCAAAAUACGUGUCAUUUUAUGUAUUUCCAUUUAUUUUCAUCCAUAUAAUAACUUCAUUGAAAAUAUCUCAAUAAGGGACCGGUCAUUAUUUACGUGGGGGGGUGGGUUGGGGGGGAUUUUUUUUUUUUUUGUUUUAGCAUGAAAGAAAAAACGUGACCCACCCCUUUAAGACCAUUAGUUCAUUCUUGACCCACCCCCAUAUAACUUUAUAUAAGAGGUGACCCAUCCCCAACCCCCUUCAAUCUAUACCUCUAUAAGGAAUUCCUGUUCACUGAACGAAAUCAGCAUAUCUUGUGGACCAGUGUCCUACUCUGCGGCCACUUCUUCUUGAUGUGCCUUCUUGUAUUGUUACAGUACGACUGUCAUCAUCUGAUUCACUUUCGCUUUCACUUUCAUCACACAAAACAAGGUCAUUGUCACUGUCACUCUCAUCACUGUCCUCACCAACACUGACGCUUGAAGGAAAUGUAGAUUCCUUUGAAGUUUCAUAAUAGUGUACUGUGAUUCGCUUGAUUUUGUCGAUUUUCUUUCCGUUCUUGCUAAGUUUAUUAUGCUCAAUGUAUUUGUCCAACUCGGGGACUUUCAGAGUGUCAAGCUCCCCCUUCUCUACAAGUGUUUUCCAGUCAUAGCAAUGUACAUCUUUUAAGGAUCGAACUUGCUUUUCUUUUCUUCGCUCUUGCUUACGGAUCUCAUUGACACUUAAGUUGGAUUGCUACAUGUGACAUCCAGUUGUGUUACAUUUUAUGUCCAGCAUUGCAUUAGAAUUUAUUUAGAUCUUCCACAUGAAUUGUAGUGAGUGUGAUUCUUUACAAUACACACAAUAACCCACCCCCAAUCAUCGUGAAAUUCUCUUUUGGGCCCACCCCUUUUCUCUAAAAAAAAAUAGGCCUGGCCCACCCCUGAUUCCCCCCCACAUAAAUAAUGACCGGUCCCUAACGCUCUGCAUUCGAUUAAAUUUCACCAACAUCGAGUCUAUUGGACGAAAAAGCUCCCGUGAACGAUUUUGGAAGAAAAGUUCCAGUGCCGAGAAACCCGACUGCAAGUAAAAUAGGUAAUGGCGUCAUUUCGUUGCUAUGACAACUCCGAUGUUGCAACUCUGAUCAUGACAACUUUUUAUCUUUAUCUAAUGAAGCUGUAGGGGAAUUUUUCCAUGUCUUUGUUAAUGGCGACGUAGUUUACGCUCAAACUUAGGAGGUAUUGACCCUGAAAAACCCCAUCCAGCCUCCUUAAGUUAACGUCAUUGUCGCCUGUCGUGGUUCUAGGAUUAAGUUUCCAGGCUCUUCUUUUCUGGUUAUUUUAAUAAAUCAAUCAAUGAGCCAAUCAAUUCUGAAUUCAUUUAUGUCAAUACGUGGGAUGGGGUGCCCCGACCAUCUGAGCCAGAGGCCCAUGUAUGAAACGUAUGACAAUAAAAACACUAAGUUAAUAAUAAUACAAUACAAUUCAGGAAAAAGAUAAUUUAAAGCGUCAUACAUGUAAAUGUAUGAAAACAAAAAAUAAUAAUAAAUCCGUGAAUGCUCAAGGCGACACCCUCCUGCAUCCCACUGAAUUAAUUUUAAAAACUAAAAAGCGAAAGAAUAAGUUAAAAACGCAUAAGAAAAAAUCUAAAUUAACUAGUUCUUUACUAGUUUCCCUAGUGACGUUUUUGAUAAAACUGCCUUCUCAGAAGGCCAUGAAGUAACUAAUUAGCAAAUAAAAAUGUCCUCUACACAUAGUCAACUUUAAAAACAAAGAAAACUAACAAUUUUGUGCCAUGUGAACUCCUUGAAUGUACACUGUGAACCAGAGUACAGCGCAGGUAACCCAUUGGCGUAAACGAGCUUUGAUUACGCAAUAAUUGACGCAAUUUCACAUCUGGGGCUGUUUUUUCACUAAGGCUUUAAAACUAAAAUUUUGUUUCUCUUUGAAGGAAGUGAAAGGUACAUUAUUGAUUUAACAAGCAGGGGGUUGGGAGAACGAUCAUCUUAAGAUCAAGAAAAUAACAGUCUGUCAAAGAAUGUUUCCUCUGGUCAAGAAACGUCGAUUCAACUUCGAAACGGUAAACUGUUGAUCGCUUGAAAAAUAAUAGGUGGCACUAUAAUUAACUAGAAAUUCGACAUUAAUCUACCGAACUCUAAGAAAAACAUUAAGAUUUUCAGGUGCCACAUCAAUAAACGAAACUACAUCGCUUUCUAUUUUUAAGAAUAUUCUUAGACUUCAUUUUAGUCUUUAGUUUUUCUUAUUAAUAUCCCAAGGUAACUUACGGUAGCUCACUUAUUCGUGUUUAUCUUCAACAAAUUGUGAUUGCUAUGAAGAUGUGUAAUUUCCUUUUUGCUCACUUUUUAAAGUCCUUGUACGUAAUUUUUAAGUAAUUUAUAAUAUUUAAAUUUUUAUCAUGUAGGCAUAAUUUACGCAGGGCCCCUUUUGAUAACAGGUAGUGGCUGAUAGGGCUACCCUGCCUAUGACUUGACUUGACUUGACUGUAAUAAUUUGCAAAUUCGAUUAUUAUAGCCACUCGUCGCGCGUGUCUCACCAUACGGUUGCGUCCGUUAGACUGCCUGUGUCUACUACCACUGGUCAUACUACCAGUCGUACGACACUAAUUUUCUCUAAUAGCAAAGCAAAUGCAGUAUGAGACUUCUCCAUGCAGGUUACGUCUCCCUACUCUUGGGAACACUGUAUUUAAACGUUUUACGUUUUCCAUAAAAUCCCUUUCAUCCGAGAUCAUUUUUUAUCUACUUCUAAUCCGUUUAAAUGCAAAUACCUAACUAAAAUUGUUAUAAAAUAUUUGAAUAUCAAAUAUUUACAUAGGGUAUGUGACCAUCAAACAAACUAUAGUUAUUGUAUUGUGCUGCAAGGUAAUCGAUUGAUCCAGGGGAUCCGUAGGAACAACUGGAGUCUACUUUUCAUUUCUGAAGCUGAUCUUGCUCCUAAAAAGUAAGCAAAAGAGAGAACGGAUACCAUUACCAAGCGUGCAAGAAACUAGUGUCCGAUGGCCAGCGGCUGGUGAAUUUUGCUAUCGCGCUAGUAUUGAAUUCUGUUCUUAGUGCGCUUUUCAAAAACACUUGGCUUCGAACUCUGAAGUUUAGAAGCCGCCUUCACAAUUGCAUUUUUCGCUGCCGUCAAUCAUAAUUAGGAUCACAAGCAACAAACCCUUGGGCUAGUACAUGUAAGCUACAGCUUGCCUAUAAAACUGACUUUCUUGAUGAACGCUUUGCCACCAACGAUUCGGUUAAAUGAUAAGAUAACAACACCGGGAAACCCAGUUACUAAUACAGUCCAACCUCCGCUAACGGCCACCUCUCUACAACGGCCAGCCACUUUUUUUCGUCCCGGCGGACAAAAAAUCCAAACAUUGAUUCUUGUGAACACGUCUCUACAACGGCUAUCUCCUCUGUUCCCAAGGUGGCCGUUGUAGAGAGGUUCGACUGUAUGUUGAAAAACAAAAAGGUGGCGAUACGUCGUAAAAAUGGCAAAGAAGAAAGAGGGAUGUGAUGCGGGUGGAAAGGGUAGCGUUUCUUUGCUACUAAAAUUAUCAUCUGGAGCUCACAUGGGAGUGAAAGGGAACCUACAGAUUAGAUGGAUUAAUUUAAAGAAUAGUCAUUGAGUAGAGUGGGAGUGGUUGACUAAGAUUUCGCCCAAAGGAGUCGGUUAUACUUUCAGGGGGUGAGCCCCUGGUCAUAAUAUUGAAAUUGGUUUCAAGAAAUCUCCGGAACAUCGGCAAUAACAUGUUUAUUUUAUGUGAUCGUAGAAAUGACAGCCUGAAGAACAAGACAUGGUGUUAAAGGAAACCGAGGACAAUAAGAUUAACGAUUAGAUCUUACGGUUCUUCGAUUCCAGUUUUGAUGAAUUAGGUGUGUGCUGACCAGCAUAAUGUGUACAAAAUGGUAAUCCGUUUAUAGACAUCAUUGUACAUUUAAGAAUAAAAAUGCACCAGACAGAUUUUGUUAACUGACAGACAUUCUUCUGUGACUAAAGACUAUCAUGGUAUUCACACCAUACCGGAUACCUCUUGCACCUACACGGAUAACCAUAUCGGAUAGGGCUUCUGUUCACACAUAACAACAGUGAUUUUGGCGCGAUUUCUGUAACGGAGCGAAGCUGCGCGGCGCCGAUCUCUAAAGUAAAGGGGCACAUAUCGAUCGCAUAGGUGUUCAUACAAUACCAGAUAGCUUUUUCUUUCUCGUAUCGUGACAAAUAGCUAUCCGGUGUAGUGUUAACAUAGCCUAAGGAACAGGGUUAGUUUCUAUUUAGUAAAAUCCAACUAGUGGUCUAUUAUCAAUGCUGCGUUCUCAUUGGUUGAGCUACUACUAGGCUAUGUUAUAGCCCACUAGUAGCGAAAACCCCGGCUUUUUGGCGGCAAAAAAGAUUACAGUCUAGCUUUAACUAGCUAAAGUUGUUUCGUCUCGAUAUUUUAGACCAACUUGUUGGAUUUUACUAAAACAAUUAUUCAGUCCUCUCGUCCGAAUAGCGGGUUCUGAUUCAAUAGCCCAUGAGGCCUUGACUCAGAGCCCAUUCGGGCUCGAGGAAUAAUUGUUAAUUACUAGGUAAUACCCCGGGGGGUCCGAGAUUUUAUAAUAAUAAUAAUAAUUUAAACAUAUUUAUGCAGGAUUGCUGCUUCAGUUUUAAGAAAAAAACUGCUAUCAAUGCAGGUCCUGUAAAAAAUUAAAAAUGAAAAAAUAAAAAUAAAAAAGAUUUAAAAUAUAGAUAAAAAUCAAAUCACAAUAUUACAAAAUAGUCACACCAAACGAAAGAUCGAACAGUUAUAAAUUCUUAGAAUUAUUAAAAAUUAUUAAAAAUUUUCGCACCUUUGUAGAAAAAAGCGCGCUUGGUGCAUUCUAAAUUAAUUUUUUCCAAAAUAAGGUCAUUAUUAUUUCUAGUUUUGUGGCGGUGAAUGUCACGGUUUCUUACAUUGAAAACGGAAAAGGCCGUCAUAAAACGGAAAAGGCCGUGUGCGUUUGCAACACUGCUUUUCAAAAUUCUCCACCUACGUCCUUGCUAGCAGUCCUUUACAUGGCACAAAAAAUCAGUUGUUUUUACGAAUACCACUAUCAUUAGUUUAGGACUGACCUGUUGCUCUUCCUUUCGUCCUUAUUUUGGCUUCGCAGCUUCACCUGGAUAACUUUGAACUUAUGUCUGGAAUGCUUGAGGCCAAUAGCGAUGAGACAUUUCCAAGGGUGACUUGCCAAACAAUACACUUGAUUAUACAGGUCAAUGUCAAUUACACUUAACAGAUUUCCUGACCUGAUGUUGUACAGUAGAAGACCGAAACCAUUUAACCGGUCGUAAGUAUGCAAAACACAUUCCUCGUCGCUUAAAAAUUUGCAAUCAUAGACUCGUUCUACUACACAUAGUUCUCGAAGCGUGUUUCCUGACGAUGCAUCAAGGACGUAGACGCCUUGUGGAUGAUCGAAAAGACUACGAACGAAGACACCUUGCUGAUGACCUGCAACUUCUUCGGAAAUAACGAGAAACUCUUCCGAAGGAGAAAACAGCGCUGGAAGGUUGAAUUCUGCUUGAGUAUUACUGCGAGACCACUUUUUCUCCCAAGAGACGGAAAAACCUGAGCUUAAGAGACGGCCAUCUAUGGUUAUAAGCUGACGUUUGCUGCUACAUGCAAGAACUGAGCCCCAAAAACCGUAACGAUUCCUUUUUGCUUUAAUUUCUUCUUUUUCUCCAUUUGUGAUAUCCAGAAUAAUACAAACUCCAUCGCAUGUAUGUCCUGUACAUACCACGUGCUUAUCUGAAACUGGAAUCAGUUUUGUCACGUGCAUUCCCUUUACGUCAUCCCAGCGUCUUAAGCACUCCGAAAAAUAACAAUUCCACAACUCCACACUACCAUUUCUUGUUGUUAACAGGAUACCAACGUCAACAGGUACGACACAACAUCCUCUUGAAAUGUUACUAAGAAUCUUUGUAUCUGCUUUGAAUACCCCACUUGAAACGUCCCAAGCUGAAAUCCGCGUGCCAUCACUUUCGCUGUCCAUAAUAUAAAGGGUCUCGCCAUCAGGAGAAAAUACCAGGUUCUCAACAAUUUUACCAGCAUCACCGCCUCUAGAGAGCUCAUCUACGGACAACAUGUUAACAAAAUGGCUUCGAGGAUUACUUCUUAAAACGAAAUCUUUAUUCAGCAUAAACACAAAUGAAUAGUUAAUGACGCGUAUGCCAUCAGACGCACUUCCAACCACACAAUCUAGAGAGUCUCCCAAUGUAAAACCACUUUCGCUACAAGACUCAUGUUCCCAAGGCCUAUAAGAAACAGUGUCACGAGAAACAUCAAGGGAAAAGUUGCCAUCGUUUCCUACAUUGACUUUUACACAGAAAAGGUGAUGUAAAACGGUACUUGGUGGAAAAUGCCAACAGAAAAGUGAUCGACAGUCGGGUGCAAACUUCAUGAUACCACAAACGUACGAGGUGAACGUUUCGGCUAGCAUUUGAAAACCAUUCAUUACAUCUAGCAAACAAACUAAGCCCGUUGAAUGGGAAAUUGCAAGCAGCUUUCCAUCUUGAGACCUCGCAAAAGACAAAAUAUCUUCGUUUCUGACGACACGACCCAUCUCCGAUCCAUUCUCCAAACUCCAUAAGGUGAGGCAUUUCGCAUCUGGAGGACAGUCAGUGAUAAUUGUAUUGCCAGAAAUAGAACAAGCAGUGAAAAUACACUUGCUUUCAGGAAAAAGAGGAUUCAGGUCACCUUCAAAAUUGUAUGCAUAGCAAAGUACUCCUGGUAAGAUGACAUCCUUAGAAGGAUGAAAAACAACAGAACGAAAACAAGAUAAGGAUACUGCACUGUAGUCAGACAAAUUUGAGCAAGAAAAAUAUGGUGACUGCAAAGAUGGCCACCAUCUUAAAGCCUCGGAAGAGUAGCCGUAAUUUUUCACAAAUACUACAGGACACUUCCAUAUUAAGUUGCCAGUAUGGAGUGACCAGAGAUGAAUCAUGCCGUCCAGACAUUCACAAACCAUGAGUCCUAAGCGAUGUGAAACAUCAAAACAAGCCACUUGAGAUGAACAAGAAAAUGUGGAUAAACAAGCUCCGUGGAGAUCGUUCUUGUUUAAGUAUUCCAUGUAUGAUAUGUCAGAAUACUUAGUCACCAAAAGUUUCGAAGCCUCAAAAGAGAGCUCUGGUCCGCCUUCAUUUAAUAGUGUUUGAAAAAUGCACUUUGGAAGGUUUUUAAGUGAUCUGCUAUGCUUUCUUAACAGAGAUAAUAACGUCUCGAGGGAUUUCAAUUUCUUCAAUUCAUUUUGCUCCAUGACACAAACGAUAUCUUCAGAGGGUAUUGCACUGUUUACGCGCAGCUUUGCAUACACAAGCUCAACGUCCAGGACAUACAUAUUCACCAGAUUCUCAAGACUGCAUGAUUUUGUCCUCUCAUCAUCGGCCAUUUCUAACAUAUGUUUAACACCAUGCUGAAGCGCGUACCUAGCUGUGUCACUGAAGGGCUCUGAGUCAUUAACACCUUUUCUUUUCACUUCAUCGAACUCUCCCAUGCAAAGUUCAGCAAGGAUGCGAUAGCCUUCGUCCUUGUUCACACUGAAACUGUGAUUUCCGUAGGAUGACUUGUCAACGAGCCAGUCCUUCACCGACUUGUGAAAAAACUGCACGCAGCCAUCUUGAACAGGUAAAAGUGACGAUAUACAAGAAACUGCCUUGUUCGUCUUUCGCUGAGCAGACGAGAGUAAUAUGCCAGGGAAUAAAAGUUUGGAGACAAAUUCGAUAGGCAGUGGUUCUUUUGCGGCUGCUAUGGCACUUAGGAAACUAAAAAACUGAUCUUCGGUUAUCUUCAAUUCUUUACUUAGAACAGUCUCGAGACGCUUGAAAUAGGACUGAUAAACAGAUGAAAUACCUGACGGUAUAGCGCUCUCGAGGUAUUCCAAUGUGAGAGUUUGCCCGCUCUCCUUCACGAAAUCUAUCAAAAAGCGAGCGCAUAGUAUGACACCUUCUGACAUUCCAACUAGUUUUUCCAAGAUCACUUUCAGAUUUCUGGGUGGCAACAGAUGCCUUAGCUGGUGCUCCAUCAAAAUGCGAAUAUCCAGUAAGUUUUCCUUGUCGUUGGAUUCUAGCACAAGAGGUGAUAAACAGCUUAGUCUUUCCCAAAUGUUCAUUUCUGGUCGCGUUGUUACGAGGAACCGGAUCCAAAGUGGAAGCUUGUUAAAGUAGUUGCUUAUCACUUCUAGUAACUCAUUUCGCCCUUGGUAUUCACUUUCAUCUAAGGCGUCGAUUACAAUGAGAGAAGUGACACCAGGGUCAUGUACUUUGCGCAGCGGUUCUUCGAAAAGCAAUUCGAACAAAUCUCCCACUUCCAUGUCAUUCAUUUCCAAGCCGAGAUUUCUAGAAAGUUGUUCCACAAGCGCUUUCCUGUAUUCUGGCAGAUAACAUGACAUGUGGGAAGCCAAUGACUGCAGUAUCACCUUGGGAUUUCUGUGGCGUGCCUUGUCAUGUUGACAAAAAUGGCUUCCUGACAACCUUUUACUUUCCUGUAUUCUUUUGCACAUCUCUCCAGCAAUCACUGAUUUUCCCAUUCCUGCAUUUCCACUGAUUACUAGCACACGGUUGCGUGAGCUUCUGUCAUCCAGCCAAUUAGUUACUCUGGCAAAAACCGACGCACGGGUUCCCUCUAAAUAUCUUUCUGAGUAAUACUCUAUGCUACUUUGCGUGUCUACUUUGGCAAGCUUCUUCAAGAUUUCGACCGAGCGGUUUGAGUUGAGUUGGGACUGACGAAUUUCUGUAACAACUUGAUGUACACCAUCCAGCUUGGUCUUGCUUUCCUGGCAAGUUUCAUGGGUCUCCAGAAGAGUCUGUUUUAUUUCUUUCUGAGCUUGACACACGUCCUUUAACUGUGUUUUGAUGUCCUCUUCACUGUCAGCCCAAUCACGUAACGCUUUAAGAUAAUCUUCCUCUCCACCUCGCUCUGCUUUGAGUCUGUCAAUUUCUGAUUGCUGUAACCCAAGAGCCACAAGAACAGGGCUGAUUUCCUGCCACAGAACAGAAAAGGAAUGAGUAUCAACACCAGUACUGGUCACAUGACCAUACAACACGUUACGGAAAUGCUUGACACGAGCAAGAUUCGCCUCGUCAGAGUUGUCACUAGCGGGUGGUUUAGUGUGCCAUCCUUUGUGGGGAGGGGACAAUCCACAAAUGUUGGUCAGAAGAAGAAAUAAAAGAGUGAUGUCAAACUUAUUGGAGUCUGGCAUGGUUCCCCCAGGCGGGAACAGUUUAUUCCACUGAUGACCAUUUAGAACUCUUCGCCGCAAGAGGUUGUUGAGAGUGGAAUAAUUGGCAUUGAGAUCAGCAGCUAAAUUAGCUGGAGGGUGAUGAUGAUUGAAAACAUUUCUUAGAACUGUUGUUCCACCAUCGAUAAGAAGCCUGCUCAGCUUGGAUCCAUUUGUCUUCUCUUCAGAGCUGGCCAGGGGUGAUGGUCCUGCAGCUGCCAUUCUAAUCCAUCUUUUUAAUUAAAGGAAAAGAAAAAUACAUAAUUUAUUUCCUAAUUGAUUGAAUGCUUAACUGAUUGGUUGGUUGUUUGAAACAUGAUUUUAUUUUUAUUUACACAAAUAAAAUGAUACCUUUAAAGCACUCAAGAUGAUAGUUUGCUAAAAAAAGAUCAUAUUGAUUUCGUCACCUAUGACAUACCUACUUCUGUCAGUUCUGUGACACGUUUUUCAAGAGUUGUAUAAAUAACUAUAAAGUUUUAACUAAAUGAGUUUGUAAAAUGUGUUACUUCUAAGAAUUUCUUCAGGCUUUAAUCAUUCUUAGACCUUUUUAUUGCACCGAUCAGUUUAAAGAAUAUUUCUGAAAUAUAAAACUAUUUGUCUGGGACAAUUUAAAUAAGGGCCCUGCCUCUAUUUUCUGCAUGUACGGUCCUUGCAAACCACGAUUAAGCCUUUUCACUUCUUCAUUUGAAAUGACCUUGACUGUUACUUGCAGAGUAAUAAGUACGUUACUUACAGAUACAACUUACCACAUUGAUUUUCACUUUUUAUACCACUCCUAUACCUGAACCAGUUUCCUUUUGUUCUUCACAACCUGCAAAGUAUGUAAUGCAGGGAAUUUAUAUCAAGACAAGACAUUUAUUAUUAUAAUAUUGCUUGUACAAUUUCUUGGCACGCAGUUAGCCAAAAACGCUAGUCAUGGUGUGCCAAAUUAAUUCUAGUACAAAUCAGAUAUUACACGUAAUAAGUAAAAAGAAAAGAAGAAUAUGUGUGAUAAACUCAAAAGUGAGGAAGACACUCUUGAAAGAGCUGCUGAAAAAGGGCCACAAAUAAGUGAGUUGAUUCUACAUAUCUAGUUAUCUGAAGAUUACUCCAGAUUUUAGAAAUGGAUCCUGGGCCACGCACACUGCACCCUUUGCAUGAAUAAUGACAAAUACAAAUAAUAGUCAUACCCAGGGUGCAAAGAAAAUCAUUUUUGAAGCUUGCCAUUCGGGCAAGCUGAAGCUAGCAUUUACUAGCCCAGUCGUCAUUUCAACUAGCCCCAAAAACUUUUUGACGAGCACAAUUGAUUUCAUUCUGUUAUUCAAAUUCCUCAAAAUACUUCACUUGCCCGUCGGGCAAGUUAAAAACAGAAUUCACCAGCCCGAUAGCAGAGUCGACUAGCCCCGGGCUAUCGGACAAUACUUUCUUUGCACACUAAAUACCAGUACUAAUAAUUUUUUAUAAUAAUAAUCAUUAACGUGAUUUUUUUACUUUUAAAAAUAAGUGCUUAAUUUACAGAAUUUUUUUAAAUUAGAAUGAAGCAAAUUAUAUAGAAAAUUAACAACUAUAGCAUAAAUCAUAAAAAUUCAGUGGCAAUCACAUUUUCCCACAUUAUACACUCCUUGUGGCUUAGAUACAAUUGGUAGCAAAAUAUCUGACUUGCACACAGUUCAGUGUUUUCAAUCAAAUCAUGACAAAAACAUUAUUCACUUCUGAUAUCAAAAAACAAGUUAAAAAGAAUAAUAAUAAUAAUAUGACAAUAACUGGACUCAGACAUUUCAAGGAGUAAGUAAUGGUGCACAUAGGAAAUUACUUUAGAAUAACAUCACCAAGAUGUCUGCUAUAAUUUUUUUGACUUGUGAAGACAUUUUUCAUACACAGCAAGUCUUACAUGUGUGAUGCAAUAUUAAAAAAUCUCAAAACGGGGAAAGUCAUUUGUACUGAAAUUUCAGUAAUGAAUUCAAGCAGAUGCCAUAAAUACUAGAAGAAACUCUCAACAAAAAUGCCUUACUUUAUUUACAAGUUAUUUCCUUCAUGUGAGGUUAUUUCCUGGAUCUCAUGCGGUUUUAGCAAUUUCUUUCACUCUCAAGUGUCCAGUUCUAAAACUUGCAUCAGAUUGAGAAAAUAACCACACAGGAAGCAAGAAUCCCCCAUGUCAUUAAAGAAAAGUAUUUUUAGUGAGACUUUCUGCAAGUACUAUAUUAAUCUUGUUGACUCCAGUAACACUGGAAUUGUCAUAUAAAUUGGGUAAUUAUGUUGAUAUAUGUGACCUCUUGUUCCACCUCAGUAUACCUUGGGUACACCUUUACAACCUAGCUACAAUCAGGGACAAAAGUAGUUGACACACUUGUUUAAAACGGGUGCUUUUAACAAACAUUUAAUUCAUUUAUUAUUUCAUUCUUUUUGAACACCGUAAAUCCCCUCACCCCCCGAAUCAAUGUUGUCUGAAUUAAAAAAAAGACUUGAGGGUCCAAAAUUCAACAUUGAUUUUGGGGGGAAGGGGUUGGGGUAGACAGGGAAAGGGGAUAAGUAUAUCCACUAUGCAAAAAGGGGCCAUUUUACGGAAGUGAGUCAACACUUUUGUCCCUCAUUGUCUGAAUGCAAAAUUGUGCUACUGCGCACAAGUUGAGCCGUGCGGGACACUGAUUUUAACUGGAAUUAAAGGAAUCAAUGGCAUAAUUAUGUUAUUGGUGGUGGGGGUGACAUUGACUUAUUGAUGACCGAAUUAUAGGGCCAAUUUGAAUUACGUGAUGACGUAAUAAAAGGGCUGCGAUAUCCAGAAUUAACGUCGAUAUGGUUUACAAGCUAAAAACUGAUGCUGAAACUCGCGCACAUGUACAACUUUUGAUGAAUUUCAAGGGUAUGUGUACUGAAAAUAUUUUUAAUAAAGUGAAUAUUUCUUGUUCUUCACUUUAUCCGGUUGUUAAGGCGCAAACAAUCACGGGUAGGGUAAGGAUUGACACGUAGUGGGGAUAGUCACUGUCUGCCACAGAAAUAUGGAGCGUUAGUAAGGAGCAACCAUCACGGCGUUCAAUAUCAAAACUACGGAAAAGUGAAGGUAAAUUCAUGGCCAAUUCAAUAAAAAACUAAGGACAGUGUAGCAAACAUUGCAAGUGUACACGAAAACAAUUACUUUCAAUCCCACCUCAUGACACCCUUUGUGACAUGAUAACGCAACGCAAAUAGCGUGACAUGAGCGCAUAUGUCUGUGUAUUUGGACUGCAUUUCUCAAGCAACACCCUGUGUUUUUGUCUAUCUUCGGCAGAGAAAAUGAAAAGAGAGCUUUGAAACGUGAACUGGUAUUUGACUCUCAAAGAAAACGACAGUUCAAACUGAGGAAAACACUGCUUCCUUCAUGUUACAACGGUUAACUACGUUUCGGCAAACGGAAAGUAACAUUAGUCUGUUAUGACCUCUUAAUGUCGAUAUGUAUUCUCAUGGUUAACCGUUGAAACUCCUUAUUUGCACAACAUCGCUGCAAUUUUUCUCGCCAAGAAUACGUAUUGCGAAGCACUUUCUACAUAACAGAAUCUUCUUUUCCCUUUUGUGAGGAAUUAGUGCAUAAAAAAGGAAAAUUUUCCAGCGCACGGCCAUCAUCGAUCACGUGUUAAAUUCCGCUUUCCUUGUCAUCAAGUGAACUUCUGGGCCAAAGUAAUUGCUGUUUUGGCGAUGAUGCAAACCGGUGUGUUGAAAACAAUUUCUUUGGCAUUCUGUGAUUUACGAGCCGGGAAAUGAUAUAGUUGUCCAUCCAACAUCAAUAAAAAAUCAUGCCACUGAAUAAAUAGCAGGCGGUCAUCUAAAAUCAUUACAAAAGUACAUUCCUAACCUGGUCUAACCUGUUCGACGCCUUCCUACGCUAAAGGUUUGGAUCAGUUAGGUUUGAAAUAGGUCUCCAAAAAAAAAAACACAUCUAUAUAUAGGGCAUAGCACAAACGGCUGGCCCAUCAUUUAUGAGGUUCAUGACCUGUAUAUUGUUCACGUCCUUUCACUAAUGGCACAAGUCAAUGUCAAAAAUAAUGCAUGUCCCCUCCAUUAUUCUGCAGUACUUCAUUCGCUUAAGUUAACCAUUUACCAGAACAAUUUUCAUUGUACCUUAGUGUUUCCAUCCUUUUUCCACUACUGAUAAUACUUGUGAAAACAUUACAUCUGCAGCAACGGCAUUGAUCACAACACAAAUGAUUUCCUCUCGACCCGACAGGGUAUCAGGAACGAGCGCGGGAGUACAAGAUUAAGUAAAGACAUACGCUUCGUACAUUUUACUCUACGUAUACUACAAAUCAGGACAAAACUUUACAAAUUGUUGUUUAUAAACAAACAAUUUGGCCCAUAGAGUAACGUCAUGGCACAAAAGUUCAGCAACGUCAAAAAUCUAGCUGGAAAACACAGAUACAUAUUUCAGACAAUCAGGGACAAAAGUAGUUGACACACUUGUUUAAAACAGGUGCUUUUAACAAACAUUUAAUUCAUUUAUAAUUUCAUUCGUUUUAAACACCGUAAAUCCCCUCACCCCCUGAAUCAAUGUUGUCUGAAUUAAAAAAAAGACUUGGGGGUCCAAAAUUCAACAUUGAUUUUGGGGGGAAGGGGUUGGGGUAGACAGGGAAAGGGGAUAAGUGUAUCCACUAUGCAAAAAGGGGCCAUUUUACGGAAGUGUGUCAACACUUUUGUCCCUCAUUGUAGCUUGGCUGUGAAGUUUCAAGCAUUUAUUUACGUUUGCUGGUUGGCUCAGCCUGAAAUAGUCCCAAGCAAUUUAGAAAGAUGUUCCCCAUGCAUGGAAUUCACUUCAUUUCCCUGAAAAUGAUAACAAUCCCAUACUAUAUUUACAGAGGAAUUCUGGGUCAUUUAGUCAUACAUACCGGUAAGCAUACUGAUACAGCUAAUCCUGCUUACAGUAAAACUUAGAUGGGUCAUCUUGUGUAAUUUGGGCACCCCUGGGCCGAGCAUCAGUCUACACUAUUGGCUUAAGAAAGCUGACUGCAAACGAAGAAUCCAUGAAGUAUUAGUAAAGUAUGGGCCGAAUGUUGGUUGUCUAUUGAUCGAGAUGUCGGCCAAUUAUCAGUAAACAGACCGACCAACACUAUCAGCCGAUAUGUCAGUCGACAUGUCAGCCAACUGUCGGUCAACUAUUGGGCAACAUAUCAGCCAACAUAUUGACACUGGGCCAACUGAUGUCGACUGACAUUUUGACUGAUAGUCAGCUGACAUGUCAACUUGUAGACAACUCGACAUGUCGAGUGUAGGCCAAUGUGUCCACCCAUAUGUUGACCAAGUAUCCACCAAUAAAGUUGACCGAUGCUCUGCUGGGUUGCCCAAAUUACACAAUAUCCACUUACACUACCAGCAGUCUCUCUUUUUGCUACACGUAAGUCUGUUGAGUCUGUUGAGACAAGGAAGAAAAAUUGCCACAAUCACUGCCCCAGGAUCCAAAUUUGUGCUCUGGGAAGGACUGUAACAGGGUGCCAAUGGGGUUAACUGCUUAACAUAUAAAGGGCUUUUUUCACUAUCAUAAGCAUAUAAAUAAAUUAUUACAAAAUGUUUACUGACAAGGAUAUAAAAGGUGAUUUUUAAGCGUAUACGGAGUGGAGUAGACCCAAAAAGUUAGAAAUUGAUACAAAAAGAUGAAGACUUUCUAAAGCAAAAAGAUGAUGUGGUGAGAUAGAAUGAUAGAAAUGCAUACUAUUUUGUCUAUAUUCACUCCACUUCAAUCUGUUAGCUGACGUAUAUGUGACUUGCUCUUUGCUGCAACGUUGUGUUCGAGCCCGCAUUCGAACUGCCUGCACUUGUGUCUCUCAAUUCCAAUUAGAUGGGAAUGCAGUUGAAGUUGACCUUGUUUUGAUACAACCCUUUCUGCUUUCUGGUGUAAAUCACGUUGUUCUUAUUUUAACUAGUAUUUUUCAAGCACAAUUUCCAUAAGAAAACAAAGGAGGUUUAUAUCCAAACGAGGUCAACCUCAGCCUCACAUUCACUCAAAGGCUAGGUUAUAAAGCCCACAACUGUAAAAUGGUUGAUAGUCCCAGUGUCCUCAUUCUCUACUUGCAUGAUCUUUCAAAUGUGGUGUGACUGUCUAUAAUCCAGCAUAAUAGGGGUCAACGUAGUCUAACUCUCUAUCUAAUCUUAUGAAAGAUCAGACGACUGCAUAGCGGGAGUCAGGAGUCCAGUUUGUUUUAUAAUCCCCUGACAAGUAUAAUUACAGAUAAUUGUCAAUUGGGCAGGAAGUUUUAUUGCCAAUUUUUAGUUCCCUUGCCUUACCUUGAGCUCAUUCAAUACAGCGCGUGCGAUGGCACGUACUGUCAGGGUUUUUGAUAGACCCGGGACGCCAGGACCUUUACUCGGCUAUUUAAAUUUUCAUCCCGGCUAUUUUAUCGGGCUGUACUUAUAGAUAUUUAUAAUUCUCUUCCUUGUUGUUAAAACUAAACUGGAACAACAAGAAUUAUUUUCCACGUUACAGUUUAUACACGUUGUUUUGCACCAUUGCAAUAAUUAAAAGCCUAUAUUUAUGUUUUUAAGCGGCAAAUGCCUUCUUUAAACGAGCUAAAACAGAAAGCCAAAUUGGUCAGAAAUGGCCCAAAAUGCACCCUGGGGCCUUAAAAAUUCUAAAAUUUUCUGGGGAAGGCCCCAGACCCCCCCAGUGGCAGGGGGGCAUCCUCCCUCCCACACCUACCCCCACUGGGCACUGCAUGCCAAGAUGGCAGCUCUGCCACCAUCUUUGGUCCCUGCUAUUGCCAUAUUUGUCCCUCCUACUUCAAAUCUUAACAAAAACCCUGACUGUCCAAUUACUUACGCAUGAAACGUACUUUCCUAUUACAUGUCCAAUUAAUGCUGUCAUAACUAUUACAAUUUUCUCCAAUUUGAUUGGUGCAUUAACUGCUUUCUCUUUCACUAAUCAUUGUGUAGGGUUGCAAUCGGGCAGUAGGCUGUAAUUGGACACCUGUACAGUGCUCGACUUUCAGAAAAAAAUCUUGGGGCCAGCUGGCCUCCAAGUUUUCAUUUUUGGUUGCCAGAACAAAUAUUCUAGUCGCCAAAAAUUAUAUUUAAGAACUAAUGGAAUACAAUAAACUUAACAACUUUUACUUAGCCUUGACAGAUAAAGAAUUCUUUAGACUUCCUUUGAACUUUCUUUCGAACGGUUUUUGCUCGAGGCUCGAUUACCAGCUGGAGUUUGGGAAAAUGAACCCGCACUCAAGCAUAAAUCUACUCAAACAGGUAUUCAAGCAAUAGAAUAAACAUUUAGAUAAACAAACUUUAGGAAUCACAAAAAAGCUUAUUUGGGUUAUUAAAGAACAAAACCUGCAAAGUUUGUUUUGCAUCCUAUGUAUUUGCAUGUUCAGAAAUGAACAUCGGUGAAACUUGAUCUACUUCGCGGUUGCCUGGCACAUGAUCAAAAGUCUCCAGAAAGAGGAAAUGUCGCUAAUGCAUCAGGCAAAGAAGUUGAUUUUGCAAGAAGUCUGUUAGACAAACAGCAUGAGUUCAACGGUACUUCAUUAGAAGCCAAUAAAAUACUGCAGAGCUUUUAUCUGGGUCGUCACACUCAACAGAAAUUCAAUAAAGUUGUUUACAAGAAGCUUGAGAAAUAAGAGCCGUUCGUUCUCGAUUAGCUUAGGCUAUUGUCAGACUAAUCUGCUAUCGAGUCCGCAAUCGAGAUACAUGUUUGACAUUAAGAAAUUGUUUUAAAUCGAUGGGCUAAAAAUCAUUCCCAGAGAAACACCGGACGACCUGCUGAGAAUUGCGAUCAAUCUACCUGAAAUUCGAUAAGACUUUUGUCGAAUUCAUCACUUGUGAUUUUCACAAUCCUCUUUCAAGUAAAAGUCAAAUGUUAGACGGACCAACUGUUAGAUCAUAAGAACAAGCCAUUAGAGUGUUGGAAGAAAUCGUUAAAGCGUUUAGACAAAUUGUAAAACGUUUAGACAAACAGAGCAUUUGGGCAAAACAUUAGAACAUUAGCAAAACCGUUAACUAUCUGUUAGUUUUGUAAAGGAUAACAAAUUAUCAUCAUUGUACGUUUUCCCAAAGAAGAAAGUCACCUAUCUUGAAGGACAGGUUGGCGACCAGGCGUGAAAAUUUAGUCACCACUGAGUAAAGGCUGGUCACAUUGGUGACCCACAGGUCGCAACUUCGAGCCCUGCUGUAAUCGGACAGUCACAUUAGCCAAUCAUAUUAAGUGCACUCAACUAAAUCCACCAAUCCCAGAAGUUAUCUCAAUAACCAUGGCAACAACCAUUUACCCUACCAAACCUGGGAUUUUCCAAAAUGGACAAAUUUGUAAUAUUAGACAGUGUCUCCGCCAAUUUUCCCUAAUUUUGGACAUUUGGACAUUUGGACAUUUGGUAUUCAAAUGCUCUUUCACCAAAAAAGAAUGCAUUUAUUUCCACGGAAACUGUAUCCGUUAUGACUCAUGAAUAAAAGAAAUUGCACCAAUUUUGUUAAUCACUCGCAUGAUCCAGGGCUCAAAGUUAGCAACUAACUGGUCACAUAUGCGACUGGAUUUUUGGUUGUACACCUAAAAAUUCAUGUGUAAUCGCACCUGUGCGCCUUAAAACCCAAAGCACAGUGCAACUGACUAACUUCCGACUAUACUUACGAACUCGAACUAGAAAGACGGUUUAUGUUUAAUUGGUUUUUUCUCUCAAUGGAUUCUACAAACUUGAAUGUUCUUUUUCGUUUCGAUGUUUUACUCCAUUCCAGACUCUUCUGUUUUGUAAUAAACACCGCUGACACAUGCAAAUAUAUGCUACCAACGAAACACGUACUUUUUGCGCAAUGGACGAUCAUGUCAAACGUUCAGUUUUAACGUCAAUCAAAACAAAAACAGUGCGGAUUAAGAGCCUUUUUUCCAGGUAAGAAAGUUUUUUAAGUUGUAUUCCAGUUACAUGUAAGUCAUUGCACAUUUAACAAAUUCAUUGAAGAUUAAUUUUCAUUCUCGUUCGACACACUCAUUGUUGUCAGUUUUGAAUUGCUUUUCAAGUGUAAGUUUUCUUUAGUCACAACUGUACUGUCAAAAAGAGAAAUUAGUAUUAAAAAUCACAACGGUAUUAAUUGCUGCGUAGCAAAUCGGCUGUGUUUUAUCAAUCAUAGAACUGAAGUGAAAGUAAGAAACUGAAGAUGACAAAUAAACGUGGCACUGUUAAGCUUUUUACUUUUCCUUUUGAAAUAGAUGCUCCCAACAUUAUAAGCUGUCUGCCUAAAAUUUCGGCAGUGCGCCUAAAAAUUUACAUCUGGUAGCACAAGUGCUCCCAAACUCAAAUUUAAACUUUGAGCCCUGUGAUCACAGACUGAAUUGGACUCCACUCAGUCCUAUUACCAUUAUAAAUCAGGGCUGCCAAUAGCAAAUUAGAGUAGAGAGUUUUAUUAUAGUUAUGAUAAGCAGCACAAUAUCUGUGUACAGAAAUUCAGAUGUCAUCAAGUGCUUUUAAAUGUUUAAGAAUUUUAUUUACUGAAAGAAGAUGAAGAGGAGUGUGCUGUCUUCCAGGCUCAACAAUGGAAGACAAAUCGGACGUUAGUAAGGCUGGAUUUGUAAGAAAUAAUUUUCUUCAGACUGAUAUGAUGACAUUGCAGACCAGUACUGGAAAAGUGGGAGAGUGCUUGGGAGUCUAAGGGGUGUGAUUGAUUUGGAAACACCACCCUAUAAACGAUUUUAACGUCUGCAGGACUCACAACCAUGCCAGCUAACUAACUUAACGUUUUUUUUGCUGAUUACAGACUGACUAGUGUUUUUUUAGCUGUUUACUAACUAAGUAGCAUAUUCUUAGCUGUUUACUGACUACAACUAUACCCCCCUGGCACCCUCAUGUAAACUUUUCGUCCCAAGACUGCAUUUAAGAACAAUAACGAAAAUAAAUAAGUUGGUGGGGGGAAAACACAGUGUAUCAUGGCGAAAUUGACAUUAUUUUAAAACACAUUUGUACAAUGUUAUGCCUACCGAUACCUGUUUAAUAAUUUGAUCGAUGAAUCGUGGCUGCACAGAAAAGUAGGAUGAAUCGCAGAAUACACCAAGCAAAGGUAUAAAACAAUAAUGAUAGCAAUUGUUCAACACCUCUUUCUUCUUUCAAUUUCAAGGUCUACUUUCAUCUGUUUCACACAUCGCCAUGAGGACGUUGUAUCUACUUCACAAUUGAUAUUGAGGAAGUUGCCUCCCCAAAGGAUCGCUUUCCCAGAGUUCUUAGUAGACGUUUUCCAGAUUUUCUUGCGGUUUAGAAGGGGGGACAUCUGAGCCGUAGUGUCGGUUUUGUGCAGAAUUGGUCAGGAUUGUGUUCGUAUUAAUUAAGCAGGCCCUCACAAAAAACGCCACGGAAACAUAUUUUGUCGAUCUCAACUUUUACGAGAAAACUUUCGCCGCCUGCAAGGACCCUUGCUCGCAGGCUACCCACCCCCCGUUCACGAGAAAAACCCUUGGGAGUCAUAGGGAUGAGGUUGCCCGUCCACCACCCCGGAAUUUCGAGCCUGCAAUAAUCGUGGUCAUUAGGUCAGGACUGUUCGCUAGUUGUCAUGCGUAAUGUGCGCGCGGUUUUUGAACAAAAUGGCCGUCGUCCACAACAGUUUAGAGACAGUCCAAAGAUGAAAUACGACAGUAUAAUGAUGUUAAUUUCAAUAGAGAAAGAUAUUUAAGAAUACCUCACACAUAAAAUCUCGGUUGAAUUAAUGGGAGCCGAAUUUACAGUCGAUAGUGUCAAGUUGUAGAAUGUCUUCUCUGUUUUCAAUUGGUGAAGAUGAGUUGGAUCUGGACGACGAGGUGAGCUUAGUAAUCAAUUCUAAGAUAGUUUCUUUUAGUAUAUAUGUUGUAGUUAAUUUUUUAUUUCAGGUAAUUUUUGUUUUUCUUUUGUUUUUGGGUAUGGUAAUGUAUGCUAAUGAAAUAUGUAUUUUUAGCAUUAGUGUAGUUUCUCUUGAAAUAUUUUGUUAUGUAAAAAGCUCACUGGAAGAGCAUUAUUAAUGAAGAGACACCAGUGAAUAAAGCUUGAUUAUUUGUUGUUGUUCUUGUUGUUGUUGUUGUACGCGAUGGCCAUGUUGGAGGAGUAAAACAAUAAAACGAUUUUCCUUAGGGAAAAAGUUUCAUUUUCAUGCUUUUAGUUUUUUUUUUACUUACUUCUACAUUGUGUACAACAUGGCCAUCAUGCUCAGACUCUAUUGUUUGAUCUUAGAUCAGGAGGCAUUGGUGGAGGCUAUGCUCAAGCAGUGCUCAGUGCCUCCUUGUGACUUUUUUCAGUGGUUACAUGUGCCUGUGUCCUUGCUCAACCAUCUUCGUUUUUUUGCAUUUAGAAACUUUCAAUGCCUGGACCUUUGGCCAGCUGAAAUUCAUACUUUAAAACUUUUAGGCUACCUACAUGAACAGUACUUCUCAUAGUAGGACCUUGUAUUAAACUAUCUAUUUUAGCAUGAGCUUAUACAUGUAUGUAUUUUUUGUUUUUGUUUUGGAUUUUUAAAAGGAUUGCUUACUGGCAGCAUGUGGCAUAGGCUCUUCAACUGAUAGAGUAGUAGAAGAUUCCAAGAGUAAUUCAGUUACUGGUUUGAACCAAUCAAGCUUUACAAGGCAGCUCUUGAGAACUAAAGAAGUGGAAAAACAACAAAAGAGUUAUGAAAGGCGGCCUUUUGAAUGCAUUAGUAACAAAAGCAAAAGUGAAAGGACCUCUGACCUUAAAAGGUCUUCAGAGCAAACACAUAGCAGUUCCUCUUUUAUAAACUGUCCAAACAACAGCUCAACUUCCCAUCUGUCAACUAGUGCACUGAAUAUUCCGUUUGCAAAGCGAUUUGCUAUUGAUCCACACCAGACUUUGGUAAAACCAACUGCAUUUAAUUCUCCAAGAGGCAAUGUGCUGAAUUCAUCUUCCGCGCUAAAUUCAGCAGACCAUUCGUCUCUUACAAUACGUUCUUGUGAUAAUUCUUCACCAGUUCAGAGGAACUCAAUUGCUUGUGUUUCAAAAAUACAGGGACUACAACAAUAUAGCUUUAGACCUUCCAGUUCAAGCAACAGAGUGCAUCACUCAGUAGACAGUGCCUCAUCCUCAUCUGGAAGCGAUCCUACAUAUUCAUCAACACCUUUACUGAGAAAAGAAUUUUCUAGAUUGCACGAGGUUUCAUCCAAUUGUAGCAAGGCAUUAAGCAGUUCAAAAGGUGCAGCUAAUUCUGCAUUGUUACAAACAAAAAAACAAUCAACAGGAACACUAGUGGCUGGAAUUCCAACUGGAGAUCUUUCCAAUAUAACAGGCAGUACAGCUACUGGCUCCUCUAGUGAAAGAAAAAGACAGUCUAUUACAAAUGCCUUUAAUGAAAAUAACAUUGGACCAAGGGAGUUUGAAAGCCCUAGAGUGUCCAGGCAGGGUGGUAUUACAAGUCCUAGGACACCACAGGCUUACCAAGCUGUUACUCCGCUUAGCAGCAAAACACCAAUUUCAAGGAAGUUUCCUGGUCCUGCUGGGCUGCUGCCUAAACUGGUGAGUAAGAAAUGUUUUUAUUAACACUAAGGGUCUCAAGUAAAAGAAAAAAUUCACUGAGUUAUGUUUUAAUAUAGAUAAAAUGUUACUAAUUAUUUGUAUUGUUGACUUUCAUGCAAGGAGAACAAACUAUAUUGUUGUUUGGUUUACUGCAGAGUCCUGGUCAAAACCUUGAUGAUUCUUCUUUUGCUUCUCCACUACCAACUACAAAAAAACCAUCAACAGUUCAGAGUAAAGUAUGUAAUGAUAUUUUAUUUCAUAUUUCCAUAAGAUUGCAAGAUUUAGUAUGCUUGUUUACAAUAUUAUAGUCAUGUGGCUGAAGUAAUUAAAGUGGAUACUUUUCAUUUGGUUUUGAUCACAGUUGAACCUCUGUUUCAUUGGCUAAGUACAGUAAGCAAUUGUUUUGUCCACUGUGACUCGAUAACAAGUUGCUUAAUCAAGGGACAUGGCAGCUUAAAAGAACACCGGGCUAAUAUGUUGUAGAACUAGGAAUGACUGACUAUAAAUCUUUCAUUCUUGUUCUUGGAGUGUGAGACACUUGUGAAUUUGAGUAUAUGGUAUUGCAUAAAAAUAAAUGCUCUUACAGCAUAAGUCUAAGGAUUGUGAUCACUUGAAUAAGCGUUGUAUUUGCACUAACCAUUGUUACAUGUAAAAUAUUCCACAAGAUUGGUACACUAACUUUUCUUCUCCUUCACAGGUUUCUCAGUCAAGUACAACAGAAGAUGACGAUUUUAAUCGAGAUCCAUGGACUUGUAUGUAUCAGGAAUUCCUCAAAAGUAAGUUUUUGUGUGAUCUAGUUUGCAACUUUGUACAUGUACAGUGUAUGUGUAUUUUCAAACUGUAAAAAUCCAGCUAUGUGCCUUUUCUCUUCACCCUGGACCUUCAAUUACAUAAUUUAUACAUCUGUAAAUUGUCAGCGCUAUAUUGGCAAUUUUCUUUGGUUUUCAUCCAUGUUCUCCCCCUGUUGUUCUUUGAUGUAGAGUCUGUUUGAGUUUUACUGUACUGCCUGAAAUAAUUACAUGUAUAUAUAGUCCAUUAUUUCACCACUUUAGUUCCCAUAGGUGUCAGGUCCAGAGGGACAGGGGGUAAGAGCUGGAAGCAGAUUUAUUUAUUUGGGGUAAAGGCAAGGGGAAGAUUGGUUCAUCAUGCAUUGUUGUAUGCAAUAAUUUUGUGACUGCAGAUAUGUCUGUAACUACAUGUAACUGAAAGAGAAAAGGCUGUGAUCAUAUUAACAUUUUUUGCUGCAGAUGUUCCAUUGACAAUGAGGUAUACCAUAAUCAGAGCACAUUCAGAGGUACAAUUAUUUUGUAUGUUUAUAUAUCUACAGGACUAGUGCCGAUGCAUUUACAGUUAGUUCUCACUUUGUGGUUCAGUAAAACCCUGCGUAUAAGAACCUGUUAGGCUAAAAUUUUCAUUUUAAGCCCCCUCCACAUAGGAACCUAUUAAGGCUAAAAUUUUAAGUGAGAAAAGGCUGUGAUCAUAUUAACAUAUUAACAUCAGUGGAACUGGUUAUGAAUGUAUUGUAUUUGUCCCAAGAUUUUCUUGGUAUCAACUUUGAAAUGGCAUUUCAGAGAACUGACUAUGACUUUGUUUGUUAUGGUUUGUUAAGGACGUACCUGCACUGUACUGCCUUUAGGCAUUACUGUAUGGUAUAAAUGAUUUAUGAGAUUAUAUUUAUAAUAUAUUUAAAUGAAAUUCAUAUGAAAAUGUAAGAACCUAUUUCAACCCAUUCGCUCCUGGAGAUUUUGCCGAAAAACGCGUUUGGAAGCUAGUCGAGUGGUUUUCUGGUCACUGUCAUUCUAUAAAGAGCUAAAACUUACCACAAACUGGUUUACAGGUCGAACACUUCGCGUCCUUCUGAUCCAGAUGCAAAAUAUCAGCUUGCGAAGUUCAGGCAUGCGCAGAAAGCAAAAUUUCAAGGUAGUUUUUGGGUUUAAAAGUGACACAGCAGUCUUGACUUUUACUUUUCGCUUUCCCUCCUCCCUUCUUUUUUCGCUUUUCUUGCCUCAUUUUUUUUUUCUCUUGCUGGGUAUUUAGUAGGCUUGAUUUUGGUGGGAAGAGUUUUUGGAAAGCUUUUAGGAUCUUAGGAUUAGGUGAAAGGAAAGGUAGGAGGGUAAUGGAACAAGAUUUUCGUGGAGAUUUUCAGGUCAAUGUCAGGUGGUUUUUUGCUUCUUUCUCUGGUGUCCUUGACUGAAUUGUACUCAUUCUGGUAUGGUUUGAAAGAUCUCUUCAUUCUGUUAGCGAAGAAAGUUGUCCUUGACCAUUAAAACUGAUGAUGUCACAAUGGGUAGAAAGGACCUGGAUCCGCACGGGCGGUGCAGGGGCGAAUGGGUUAAGAACCUUGGUAGUCUAAAUCUGCUUUAAGUAACAUUUAUAUAAGAACCUGUUACAAAGGCUAAGUUAAAAAAUCCAGGUUCUUAUAUCCGGGGUUUUACUGUACCCUCUGAUAUGUGUAUUAUGAAAUUAAACAGCAGCCAAAUGCUUGCUGUAAACUGUAUACUUUUGACUGAACUAGGCUUCUGUUAUUACAGUUUCACAAUAACAGAGUUGCAUAAUUAGAUCUACAGACACAUUUUUCAGUCAUGACAGCACAAAAUGCCAGUAGCUGUUAAGAAGGGUUUUUUCAGGACAGUACUCACCUGGACAACCAUGUUCAUUACUUACACAUUGUACAUGUACGUAUGGACAUGCACAUGGACAGAUUCACAUUGGACAUUUCCUACAUUAGAUGUACUUAAUAGGCUUCAUAAAAUUAUAACUGAACAAGAACAUUCAUUCAAUCCUGUAGGCUAUUCAGCAAACACUAGAUCAUGGUAAAGUGCCAUGUCUGUGUGCUCUUGUUAAAGCCUUUUCACUCAAACAAGCAGAUGCUAGUGUUUUGCUCAAGGAUCCUACAGGUAUGAUAAACAGGGGCAAAGUUGACAUCCAGUCAGGAUAACUUGGAGAUAUAAAAACAUCCCCCAUUUAAUUAUUGAUUUUAAAUAUAACUGGCAAUUAUUGCAAAUAUUAGGCCGGUUAUGAUAAUAUCAUGAAGAAUUAUUCAGAUCGAAGAGGAUACUGUACUAACCAACAAGCCGUUGAUAAUGCCCUCUCAGAUCUUUAAACAUUCUUCAUAUUCUAUUUUUGAUUCAAAAUAUUGCCAAGGGAAAAUUAAGCCCGUUUAUGGAUUUCCCUUUUCCUGGGAAGUUUCAGGAUUUAGCAAAGUUUAGUCUUGCCCAUAUUCUUAAAAAGCAGUUGUAAUAUGUCAAGUAGUAUUUAUGCUAUUUUUGCAGCUACAUUGUAAGUUUCAUGGCAGUAUUUAUUUUUCUAAAGUUACCAUGCAAUUUUCUCCAAUUUUCAAUUAAAUUUUCAAUUUUCUGAAGUUUGUUUACUUCAAACAAGAUAAAGGUAAUGUAAUAUUUGUUUAUGUAAAUUACUAUCUGUUGUGUGUUCUGCUGUUUUUUGAGUGAAUUUAUUUUGUUUACCAGGUGAGAUUCAUGGAACGCUGCAUCGCAAAGUUCUGGAAGAUUAUCAAACUGAUUUGGCUCCCGGGGCAGGACUGAUACUGAAACAUGUAAGUACCAUCAAGGUAACCACAAAGACGAGCUAUAAAUUUAGGACUUACAUGUUCAUUUAUCUAGUAUGAUUAUUAAAAGGGAGGACAAGUUGACCUUCAGAACGUUUUUAAAGCAGUUAAUGGUAUUUGUUUAAUGUAAUUAUUUUAGUGAGCCUUGCAACAGUCUCUCAACUUUGCCCUCAUUUUGUCAAGGCAAACACGUCACAACACUUUCAUUUAUGUCUUAAUGUUACUUGUAUAUGUUCAAGGUUAGCAGUACAGUAGCAUACAUGUGUGGAUACACACAUCAAAUUAUCGUAAUAAAAUAAUUUAGACAGUUCCCAGUGGUGGUUAAUUCCUAAAGGCCAAGUAUUUUAUCAAGUGUAUAGUUUGCAUAGCCUGGCCUUCUAAAAUAAUAAAGCUCUAGUAAAUAAAUACUCUGUAAAUAAAGCCAUUUACAUCAAUGUCUUCAGUCUUUUAUCAUAACUAAUAGUUAUAAUAACAACGGUAGUAAUUUUUAAAAAAAAAUUAUAAGAAGUCUGGUGAAACAUGAGUAAUCUUUCAAAUAAAUGUAACCAAGGUCUACGCCUCCCUCCCCUCCCCCCUUCUUAACUGACUACUUCUACAGCCAUACCAUUUAUUAUUUUCCUUCCUCAAAUUUUUUAUUCCCUCCUCCUCCUCCUCCUCCUCCUCAUUUUUAUUGUUUUCCCUCCUCCUCCACCUCCUCCUCCUCAUUUUUAUUUUUCCUCCUCCUCCUCAUUUUUAUUGUUUUCCCUCCUCCUCCUCAUUUCUAUUGUUUUACCUCCACCACCACCACCACCACCGCCACCACAUUUUGAUUGUUUCCCCCCUCCUUCACCACCACCACCACAUUUCUAUUGUUUUCCCUCCACCACCACCGCCACCACCAAUAGAAAUGUGGUGGUGGUGGUGAAGGAGGGGGGAAACAAUCAAAAUGUGGUGAUGGUGGUGUUGGUGGUGGUUGAGGUAAAACAAUAGAAAUGAGGAGGAGGAGGUGGAGGAGGAGGAGGAGGAGGAGGGAAAACAAUAAAAAAUGAGGAGGAGGAGGAGGGAAAACAAUAAAAAUGAGGAGGAGGAGGAGGAGGAGGAGGAGGGAAUAAAAAAUUUGAGGAAGGAAAAUAAUAAAAUUGUGGAGGAGGAGGAAAAUAAAAAAUGAAAUGGACAGGGGUAAGUAAAGCAUUGCUUGCAGUGCAAAAAAGAGCUAGUUUGCCUUUGCCCUCUUUAAUAUACACGAUUUGCCCGCCAAAAAUCAGUGAACCGGAACAAGGACAAUCACAGCAGCAGGAAAUAGGAAGUGCAUAAUUACGUUACGUCUCAGUGAUUUUAAGUCACCAGUAUACUUAAUUAAAUCCACCACAUUUUAUUCAUGAGAUGAGGACAAUAGCCUAUGACGUCAUCGGUGUUAAUGUAUUCCUGCUCACGCUAAUGAGAUUCCUGCUCAAAAAAGAGGCCUAACCGGUGCGCCCUAUACUACUAGUCUUUUGGACUAUGAAUUUUUUCAAUAGGAAUUCUGCUUUUUAUGUUCGACGAUUUUAUUAAGGAAGACUUAUUACCGGCAAUUCACUUCAUACCUUUCAGAUUAUUGCAUGGAUUACAAACGCAGGUUACAUAUUACAUAUACUGUUUACAGUUACCAUUAGAACACCUGAAGGACGAUCAUGAGGUUAUCCCUAUAUUAAGAUCUCUCCUUACAGAUAACCCACCCAGCCCAGGAAAGCUUGGCGACACCACUGUGGUGUACGUCCCCUAGUCUUUUCGAACAGUGGUGUGGGUUCUUUUACGUCCCACAAGAACCAGACAAGUGAAAGUGUUGUGAGACGGGACCCGCUACUUUCGUCCUUAUCCGGGAAGUCUAACUGCUUACAGAUGUCAUCAAAAAUAUACAAAGGCAGCAUUUUCUUCUCAAUUACUUGAAGACCCUGAGUGUUGGUACGGUCGGGAUUUAAACCCGCGACCUCCCGCCCAGCAGGCCGGUGCUCUCAACUGAGCUAACCAGGCGGCGGUAUUCGAUUGUUUUCAGUCUCGUAAAUGUUGUAUUUUUUCCCCUAACAUAGGUUAAUAACAAACGGAUCGGGAUAAUGAACUCAAACAAUCCAAGGUGCGAAAUAAUAACUGUAUACUGUUGUAUUGUAACGUUUUGGAGAUAUAUAUGACGCUAUAAACUUAUCAUCCGAUAAAUAGUCGUACAUCUAAUCACAUCUAAUUGAUUAAGUGCUAUUAAAAUGGCAGGGUGGUUUCUUCCCGAGACUCCAGUUAGAGGAAAGACACUUUUAGCUAGCUUCUUCCAUUGAUGCUGGUCGGAACAGAGCGGUUUUGUUAGAAGAAGACUGAAAAUGCAGUUUCGUGAUGCCCUGUUUUGAAAAUCUUUGUGAACUCUCAAAUUGACCAGAGAACCCCUCAAAGGAGGAUAGGUUUUUGCGGGUUUGGCGGGUUAUACGCGUUGGCGGUCUUCUUUCUAGUCCAGAGUUCUCCUAAACUUAUCUAUUUUAUCCUAACCCUUGACCAUGACAAAUUUGCAGGAGAUGAACUGAUAUGAUCUGGGAUUUUUUAGUAUGAAAGUGUUCUAUUCCUUAGCCAGAGUUCUAUAAUCAAGGCUUUGAGAUAAAUGUUUGGCAGCUCAGUAAUCAUUCUUAACUGUUGUAUAUUCCCUCUUUAGAUUUAUUUUAAGAAAUUACAUCGCUCAGAAUGCAAUAGAGGCAGCGGAAAGUGGCGAUUUCACUGUGGUAAGGACAGGGUGAAAUUCGUUUAUGUCCGGUCUGAUGUUACCGGAAGUAUUUUAUUAAAAAUUAAAUAAAUAAAAAUGAUUUGGAGGUAGCAUAUCCAAUCUUAGUCUACCUGAUUCCUGGUCGAAUUGGAAUUUGGAAAUAAUGGUCUUUGAGUAGAGGGGAAAACCGUAGUACCCAGUGAAAAACCUCUUGGAGCAAAGGAGAGAACCAACAACAAACUUGAAACUACGCAUUUUAUCAUACAGUAUUAUUUGGUGUGGAGUAUUUAGUGUCAACGCUUUACUUAAAGUAAAAGAAAAGAAAAGAAGAGAAGGAAAUGACAACCACAACAACUCCCAAAACUGUGCGCUAUACUUGUUUGACUUAUUUUUGUUUAAUUUUUUUUUCAAAUUCUUGCGCCUGUAGGGAUUGUACAUUUUUUACCAUCUAGUUUCGUAAUAAUUUUGGUGGUUACAAAAAUAGGUAAAAUGACGGGAAGACAAGGUUUGUCUACUGAUCACGCGCUGACCCCUUUCCUCGCUUAAACCCCUGGGAUGAUCUACACCUUCAUCUAGCCUGCGUAGCAGGCGUCGAAAUGGGGUAGGGAAUGGGGAGCAAGGGGAAUAGGGAGAGGGGUUUGGAAGAGACGGUAAAGCUCCCUUUCCUUUUCCUUUUUGCACUUUUCUCCCCCCCUCUCCCCCUCUCCUUUUUGCGCCCUUUACCUUGUUCAGAGAUACGUGAUUGCAGAAGUCUUAAUGCUUGGAGGUUUCAUUUUGCCUAGAUAAUGAAGAAUGCAUUCAGCAUUUAUUUUAUUAUUUUCAAUCGAGUCAAAUAUUGGUUUACAGGUACAAAAACUUCUCAAGCGUUUGGAGACACCAUACAGUGAAGAUGCUGAACUUCAGAAGGCUAUCUUUCCUCAGAAGAAAUCUACUGAAUCUUCCUGCACAUCUCAUCAAACCCCAGUACUGUAUAACAGCUCUGAUGUUCAUGAGAUGUAUCCUGAUAAACCACCAGAUGACGCGCUUAACAUGAGACUGACGUGA